GUUCCAGCUUGGUCCUACACCAAACACCUGAAUAACACCAGCCAGGUCCUUUUGAACAGUAGUGUAAACUAAGACACUUACCCUUCAACUACAAGUGUUACCUUUCCUUGGGAAAGGCUUUGAAUCACUGUGUUCCAGCUUGGUCCUACACCAAACACCUGAAUAACACCAGCCAGGUCCUUUUGAACAGUAGUGUAAACUAAGACACUUACCCUUCAACUACAAGUGUUACCUUCCCUUGGGAAAGGCUUUGAAUCACUGUGUUCCAGCUUGGUCCUACACCAAACACCUGAAUAACACCAGCCAGGUCCUUUUGAACAGUAGUGUAAACUAAGACACUUACCCUUCAACUACAAGUGUUACCUUUCCUUGGGAAAGGCUUUGAAUCACUGUGUUCCAGCUUGGUCCUACACCAAACACCUGAAUAACACCAGCCAGGUCCUUUUGAACAGUAGUGUAAACUAAGACACUUACCCUUCAACUACAAGUGUUACCUUUCCUUGGGAAAGGCUUUGAAUCACUGUGUUCCAGCUUGGUCCUACACCAAACACCUGAAUAACACCAGCCAGGUCCUUUUGAACAGUAGUGUAAACUAAGACACUUACCCUUCAACUACAAGUGUUACCUUUCCUUGGGAAAGGCUUUGAAUCACUGUGUUCCAGCUUGGUCCUACACCAAACACCUGAAUAACACCAGCCAGGUCCUUUUGAACAGUAGUGUAAACUAAGACACUUACCCUUCAACUACAAGUGUUACCUUUCCUUGGGAAAGGCUUUGAAUCACUGUGUUCCAGCUUGGUCCUACACCAAACACCUGAAUAACACCAGCCAGGUCCUUUUGAACAGUAGUGUAAACUAAGACACUUACCCUUCAACUACAAGUGUUACCUUUCCUUGGGAAAGGCUUUGAAUCACUGUGUUCCAGCUUGGUCCUACACCAAACACCUGAAUAACACCAGCCAGGUCCUUUUGAACAGUAGUGUAAACUAAGACACUUACCCUUCAACUACAAGUGUUACCUUUCCUUGGGAAAGGCUUUGAAUCACUGUGUUCCAGCUUGGUCCUACACCAAGCACCUGAAUAACACCAGCCAGGUCCUUUUGAACAGUAGUGUAAACUAAGACACUUACCCUUCAACUACAAGUGUUACCUUUCCUUGGGAAAGGCUUUGAAUCACUGUGUUCCAGCUUGGUCCUACACUAAACACCUGAAUAACACCAGCCAGGUCCUUUUGAACAGUAGUGUAAACUAAGACACUUACCCUUCAACUACAAGUGUUACCUUUCCUUGGGAAAGGCUUUGAAUCACUGUGUUCCAGCUUGGUCCUACACCAAACACCUGAAUAACACCAGCCAGGUCCUUUUGAACAGUAGUGUAAACUAAGACACUUACCCUUCAACUACAAGUGUUACCUUUCCUUGGGAAAGGCUUUGAAUCACUGUGUUCCAGCUUGGUCCUACACCAAACACCUGAAUAACACCAGCCAGGUCCUUUUGAACAGUAGUGUAAACUAAGACACUUACCCUUCAACUACAAGUGUUACCUUUCCUUGGGAAAGGCUUUGAAUCACUGUGUUCCAGCUUGGUCCUACACCAAACACCUGAAUAACACCAGCCAGGUCCUUUUGAACAGUAGUGUAAACUAAGACACUUACCCUUCAACUACAAGUGUUACCUUUCCUUGGGAAAGGCUUUGAAUGUACGUAUUGAUACUGUACCUCAUAUAUUAAUGUUAAAACUUCAGUUGAAUCUCAGGUAGCCUAGCCAGCAGCCGGACCCCCCCCCACUACUCCCACCAUUCUGUAUACUACCCACUUGGCCCUCUAUACUCAAUCCUUCUCCCUGCCUAGACCUUCUCCCCUUGCAGGUUACCUAUCCCCUGCUAUAUACCUGCUGCCCACUAGGUGGCAUCCUCAUACUUUAUCUUUCUAAAUCACUACCUUUCAACACUCUCUCUUCUAACCUACCCCUACAUCUUUGCCCCUAGUACCUCUGUUCCCAGCCUUUAUUCGGGCUCACAUAUAUUAUCUCUUACUGUCCUAAGACAUCCUUCUAACUAUCAUCUCCAGUUUCCUCCUGCAUUUCUACCUUUUAACCUCUUAUUAUUGUUCACCUUCCUCUACCUUUAGAACGACCUACAGAGUCUUCCUCCUCACUGAUUGUCUUCAGCCUACUUCUGCUGGCCCCGCUUCGCUCCCCACCCUACCCCCAUAUCCCACCCGCUCCCUACCCUACCCUCAUAUCCCACCCACCCCUAGGGCUCCUACAUUUAUUCCUCCAUUCACCACACCCCCUACUUACUCCCACCAAUCGGAUGCAACGACCCUAAACCACUCCCACCCCUACCUAUAAUCAAACUAAACUAUCCCACACCCACCCCUACUUCUUAGCAAAACACCUACUACAUCACCAUGACUAUGACUAUCUUCCAGUCACAACUGAAAAUAGCUAUCUCCUUCUUACUACUUUCCUCACUUAUGACUACCUACUUCCUAACCUCCUACGAACACUCUAUAAGUGUUUCUCUCUCACUUCCUUCAAAACAUACCUCUACAGACACAACAUCCCAAUCCUCUUCCUUCUUACAUACCUCCUCAGAAACUGCAUACAUUCUUCCCAAAUACCAUAGGCUACUACACUAUAAACUACUUAAAUCAAAAACAAAAAAAAUUAUUGAAACUUUCCAAAAACUUAAACCAGAAAGAUAUGCUACAGUACUCCUUCUACUACAAGAUGGCGACAUACACCCCAACCCAGGCACAGAAAAAAAUAAAACCACAACACAUAAAAAUCAUACCAAACCCUUCUCUCCCUCUUCCUCCAAACCCACUAACCGACUAUCCAUAGCCCACCUCAAUAUACGUAGCAUCUGUAACAAAAUUAGUCAACUCCAUGCCCUACUUGAAAUACACAACUUUGACAUCUUAUGCUUAACAGAAACCUGGCUAAAACCUGCAAUUAAAGACAUUGAGAUUACCCCACCUGGUUAUAGCAUUGUAAGACUUGAUCGCUCCACCAAGAAAGGUGGAGGUGUAGCAAUUAUAUAUAGAACUAACCUAAAACUUACCCUUCUUGACCUUUCCUUCUCUCAAAACUACAAUGCUGAAAUAAUUUGCUCAAAAAUACAAAUCAACAAUAGUAAAGCAAUAAACAUCAUCUGUGCAUAUAUCCCCCCAGGAAAUAACAUCCCUACCCUAGAACACAUUCUAGAACAAAUCUCUAACAAACUUCCUCAAGAAACACUAUUUCUUGGGGAAUUUAACAUUGAUUGGAUAUCAUGUAGCAAUAUUAACCCUACUUCUCAUAUAAACCUUAAUGGUUUUAAACAACUCAUUAAUAGUCCGACCAGAACCAACAAAAAAAGCAAAAAAGAAACCACCUUGGACUGGAUCCUUACUAACUCCCCCCUACAAAACUACCAAACUGGCAUCCUUCCUGACGACAUUAGCGAUCACUCCCUCAUUUACGUAGUCAGAGCCAAAACUAACCUAAACUUUCCUACCACUCACAAAACACUAUACUCCAAAAAAAUUUUAUUCCUGAACAGUUUCAAACAGAACUUUCACAAUAUAACUGGACCCCUCUAAAACACCUCACACUUAACAAAGCCGUUGAAUACUUCAAUUCAGCAUUCCUUGCAAUCCGAAAUCAACAUGCCCCAAGUCGCACUAUUAGAACAAAGACUAAGACAGCACCCUGGCUAACCUCCAAUACUAAGCAUAAAAUUAUUCUCAGAAAUAAAUCUUGGAAUAAAUGGCGUUCCUCUAGAAACCCAACAGAUCAUCAAACCUUUAGAGAGCUCAGAAACAGUACCAAAAAAGCUAUCAUAACAGAUAAAAAGAAUUUUUACUUUGAACUACAACAAUCCACCAAUAAAGAACCAAAAAAAUUCUGGUCUACUAUUAACAAUCUAAUUACCCCAGGCAAAUUAGUCACACCCAAUCCCCAGGACUUAGACCCCGAAGAUCCCACUUUAAUAGCCAAUAAUUUCAAUACUUUCUUUACUUCAUCCACACAAAGUCUUGCUAACCACCUAUCUCCUGAUACCUCUCAACUGCUCUUAAGUAGUUUCAAUGACUCUCUUC